GACCCGAAAAUAUGUACCGGAAGAGUAUGAAGUGUUUGUAGUGGAAUGGGUUUUUUAGUUUGAAAGUACUUAGACUUAAUUGGAUACCCCGUGAAAAUAACAGCUAGCCCAGAGGAAAAUGAACAGCUUGUCCCCAGAGGUGGCGCUGAACCGCAUUUCGCCAGAGCUGCGGCCCCUGCUGUCCAGCGUGGUCCGGAACGGCCGUGUGGGUCUGGACUCCACGAGCUGCCUUCGCAUCACUGAUCUCAAGACAGGAUGCACCUCCCUGACACCAGGCCCCUGUUGCGAUCGGUUCAAGCUGCACAUCCCCUACGCAGGAGAGACUCUCAAGUGGGACAUCAUCUUCAACGCCCGGGACCCGGAGCUGCCCCCGGACUUCAUUUUUGGGGAGGAUGCCGAGUUCCUGCCCGAGCCCUCAGAAUUACCCCACCUGGUGAGCUGGGACGCCGGCGACACCGAGUGCCUCCUGCAGCUGGUGAAGGAGCUGAUCCAGCAGUACCACCAGUACCAGUGCCAGCGGCUGCGGGAGAGUUCCCGCCUGCUCUUCGAGUACGACAGCCUGCUGGAGGACCCCCUCUACGGGCGCAGCAUGGAGGUCUACGCUGGGCACAAGAACAGCUGGACGGGGGAGUUCUCUGCACGGUUCCUCCUGAAGCUCCCGGUCGACUUCAGCAACAUCCCGGUCUAUCUCCUGAAGGACACGGCUCUGGACCCGGGAGAGGAUGUCGCCCUCCUGUCCGUCAGUUUCGAGGAUGCUGAAGCCACUCAGGUGUUCCCCAAGCUCUACCUGUCCCCCAGCAUCGAGCACGCGCUGGGAGGGUCCUCAGCACUCCAUAUCCCAGCAUUCCCCGGGGGCGGCUGCCUCAUUGACUAUGUACCUCAGGUCUGCCAGUUGCUCACCAACAAGGUGCAGUAUGUCAUCCAAGGCUACCACAAGCGGAGAGAGUACAUUGCUGCCUUCCUGAGUUACUUUGGGAUGGGUGUUGUGGAGUAUGACGCAGAGGGCUUCACCAAGCUCACCCUGCUCCUCAUGUGGAAGGACUUCUGCUGCCUGGUUCACAUCGACCUGCCCCUGUAUUUCCCCCGGGACCAGCCCACCCUCACCUUCCAGUCCGUCUACCACUUCACCAGCAGCGGGCAGCUCUACUCCCAGGUGCAGAAGUCCUACCCUUACAGCCCCCGCUGGGAUGGCAACGAGAUGGCAAAGAGGGCCAAGGCCUUCUUUAAGAGCUUCAUCCCUCAGUUCCAGGAAGGGGCGUUCGCCAGCGGGAAACUCUAGAGCACCUGGAGCAGCAGAGACGAGACGACGCGGAGCAGGGAACUGUCCGUCCUGGGGAACCAGGCUGUGUGGGGCAGUAGCUGAAUGCAGCACACAUAGGGAUGGUUCAGAUUUUUAAAAAUGGCUGACGUUGUCAGGCCCACAUUGGACCUGUUAAUGUUGUUUUUCUGUUAGUUUAUUGUUUUUGUCUUAAAUUCAAUGUCAGGUUUAGGAGAGUUGUUAUUAAUGCAGUCUUUAGGAAAAUGUGGAAUCAUUGCUUGAGAAGACUGGAAUAUACAGUAUGUACAUAUCACUGGGAUCUGCACAAUCUUUUUUUCCCCUCUCUUACUGCACAAUCGUCUCUCCAGCUAUGGUUUUAUAAAGCUCAGUGAAUGCUGGUGAACCAGUGUUCUGCAUGCGCUGGACAGCUGCUUUAAAAACAGUGUGCACGUUUGUGAAGGCCGAUGUACUCCACGUGUCCUCUGUGUGAAAACUAUUGAAAUAAAGGCAGCGUCUUUGGUCAAUGUG